AGGCCCAAAACGGACUCGCAAAAGCACCGAGUUCGGCUCAACUCGCCAAAAACCAAAACGGCUCGUGUGGAGCCGUGAGCUCCUCGUCGGAGAACCCGUGUGAGCUCCCGGUGCCAUGGCAGCACGGGAGCUCCGCUCCCUGACAGAAGUCGAAGAAGCGGAGCGAGCGGAGCGUGGCGUGUCCUCCUACGUGGUGGCCCCCCGGGUGCCAGAGGCGCUCUAUGGGAAGCUGAAGGAGCGCGUCGCAACGGUGGCCGUGGCCACGGCCAUUUUCAUCGUUGCCUCUGCCGGGAUUCAGGGCUUGUGCUUCAUACUUAAUGAGCAACAUCUGGAAAAGAACCUGAGAGCGCUAGCCCAAGUGCAGGCUGUCCCAGAAAUCACUUGGCUCAUUGGUGCUUUGCCACAACUGGUCUUUUUCCCUGCUAUUGCUCUUCUGCUUGCUUCCAUUCUCACGGGAUCUCUUUUUGCAACUUGCGGACUCAUGGGAACGAAGGCGCAGUCCGAGUGCUGUGCAUGUUGCUACUGUUGCUGUAGCGCAGCUUAUUGCAUCUUCUUGAUCCCAGCCAUCGUUGGUGCUCUUUUUUUCCUCCAAAGCGUGUCUUCCGCGAGCGAGACUGCAGAGCUGUGGUUUGGUCGCUGUGACCCGAAGCUAUGCUACCCGCUGGGCUUUGAUACGCCGGUCAAGAGGCAGAUUGAUUGCUUGGCCCCUGCGGUUUGGGAUGAAUACCGUCCACAAUUCUCAGGGAAUCAUCUCCCUCAGGAAUGCCCUCCCAUGUAUUUGCAGUGCGAGGAGAAUGAGGACACCGAGGACACCAAGGAAGCCGAAGUUGUCCAAGCUCGACGUUUGCUGGUAGAACCCGAGGAGGGGGAGGACACAGCUGUGUCUGCUGCGCCUGUGGCGGCCGAGACUGUUGCACCUGAUCAGGAUGAGGUCGAGGAGGCAGAGCCGAGAGACACAAGGGACGAGAAAGGAGCUGAAGACGAGGCUGAUGAUGGUGACGCAGACGAGGAGCCAGAAGGUGCCUCCGAAGAGGAAGAAGUUGCCGAUGCAAGGGACUCUUCUAGGGGCCAGGAAGGGAAGAACGAUGAUGACGACGAUGCUGCUGAUGUAGAGCGAGAUGCUGGUGCUGACAAAGAAGAAAGCAAAGAGGACGAUCAGGAGGAUGAUGAGGCUGAUGCAGCUGAAGCAAAACAAAGAAACGAUGAUCUGGAUGAUGACCAGCAUGUUUCUGGAACAGAAGAGGAGACGGACCAGGAUGCUGACGCUUCUCCUGAAACCGUAGAAGCUGCAAGCAGUGCUGCAAGCAGUGCCAGAAGCCAAGCGGAAGACUCCGAGGAGGACGAGGAGGAUUCCGAGAAGGAGGCCCAAGAGGCCUCUUCAGAUGAAAAAGAGGGAUCUGGUGAAGAGGAUGUUGAGGACCCUGAUGAAGAUGAUGCUGGAGAGGAAGCUGAGGACGCUAAGAAAGCAGAGGAAGAAGAGGAGGAGGAUGAAAAAGACUCUUCAGAAAGUCCAGAGGAAGACGAUCCUCAAAGUAGUGCAGAUGAGGUGGAAGAGGAAGAGGAAGAGGACCCGCAGGAAGAGGUGCUGGACUUCUCUGAGAGUGAUCAGGGCAGUGCGCUGAAAGCUUUGGGCCAGGCGAGUGAAAGCCUGGGGAAGGUGCUCACUCUCCCGAUGCCCGAGGAUCCGCUCACGGAAUGUAAGCCCUCGAGGCGCGGUUCAAGUCGUCGUCUGAGACGUGCGUGCGAGCGAUAGCGCGAGUCUACCAGUCUAAGUCUUUUCUAAUUCUAAGGUUUCGAUAGUGGCUCAAUGAUCACAGCAGGUACUUUUGUGUCUCUUUUGAUGGCUGGAAAACUGACACAUUCAUGCACCUGGCUCGAACUGACACAUACACUGAAUUCAUGCAAAUUCGGAGAGUUUUGGCCUCAUGAGGAUUGUGGCUCUUUACAAGGUGGCACAACGAGAAGCUCCCGAUGUCUUUCAGGCCUUAUGGAUUCAAACGGCAGUUCGCCUCCUUUGCAUGGUUCCCACCAUGGUCCUCAUGGCCUUUGGCUUUUGGUGGGGCCAUGAAUAUUGGUCCAAGCUCACCAAGGGCAACUCCCAAACGUAUUUGCUGGCCAACGUUCCCCUUGGACAAGGCGAGCCACGAGACGUCCAGAUGACGCAUAUGUCGCAGCCACUCAUGGUACAAGCAUGAAGCAGAAAGAAGACACAUCACGGGCCAGAAGAAUCCGAUGACGUCCUCGUCAUCUUGAAGUCGGUGAACCUGAAGAUCAGAGUAGCCACACGCCACUCGUGAGCGGCAAAUGGCCGCGCGGUGCACGAGCUGCCUGGAAUCCAGCCAGAUGAAACCUGCAG